AUGCCUAAAUACUUUUCAUCAUCUUCAACUCUUUUAGACACCCCGCCUCCCGCUGCGCAACCUGGUCCGUCUUCAGCUUCCCCAAAGAUCGCCCAAAUAGUCGACACAAUCUCUCAAUUGACAUUGCUCGAGGUGUCAGAGUUGGUCACUGAGCUCAAGACACGACUCAAUAUCACCGAAAUCGCCAUGCCAGCAGCAUCAGCCGCACCUGCUGCUGCACCCGCUGCCGCUGCUGCUGAAGCGCCAGCAGAGGAGAAGCCAAAGGAGAAGACAAUGUUCACAGUCAAAUUGGAAGCCAUCGAUGCUGCUCAAAAAGCAAAGAUCAUCAGGGAGGUCAAGGCAAUGAUGCCAAAUAUGAACUUGGUUGAGGCCAAGAAAUUCGUCGAGUCUACACCGCAAACACUCAAAGAGAACAUGCCAAAGGAGGAAGCAGAGAAGCUACAAAAGACACUGCAGGCCAUCGGAGCCACCGUUACAUUGUCAUGA